CUCAGCUGGUAUAAAUCUAGCCCUGUGUGUUCCUUCCCCACCCCCAUGGUUUUGUUUCCUUAGCAUGGUAAAUUACCUGUCCCUUUGCCUUUAUUCUGCACUGCUUGCUUAAUAUAAGGCAUAGGAGCUUCUCAGGUUAAGGAAGGGAAAAAAAAAAAAUAAAAGCAGCUCCUUUCUGUGCUGCAUAAGAUCCAGGAUAAUCCCCUUAGGGGAUGAAAUAUAGCAGCAUUUGGAGUCCAGGGCUAAUACGAGGGGGUUGGCAAACAACUGUCAGUUUUAAAGUGCGUCCAAAACUCAGAUCUCUGACAUCAAUGAAAAAAAAAAAAAGCUACCUCAACUAAAUUAGCUCAAAGCUAUUUGCAUAAUGGGUCCAGAGGCGGCACAAUAUAAGUAGGAAGGCGCUAGCCAUGCAAAGAGAACUUCACACCCAUUCGAUUGGAUACUGCAAGUGUCUGUAGUAAAGAAGGAAAACUCUGAAGCUCAGAUGUGCAAAUACUUCUAAAGAAGGAAUGAACUGAAGAGCCUCUUGGGAGAAAGAUCAACCAAAACCACAAAACACAAUCCAGUUGCAGGAACUUCUCUCCCACAAUGACAUCCGUCCGGCUGCUGCUGCUCUCCCUGACUUUCUCCAGUGUCUGUGUCAGUCUGGGGCAGCCCAUUCCAGAGGCAAACGAGAAUGGAGAUAGAAGCCAUUUGGAUGACAUCCUGCAAAGGGCAGAAAGCAUCAUCCUUCGGUCUAUCCUCAAGACAGCAGAAGAGGGGGAAGAGACUAAUAAAGAAACAAGCGCUCCUCAGCCAGACUGGUUUUCCAAAAGACAACACCCUGGGAAGAGAUUCCCCAGUGACCUAGAGAAGAGGCAGCACCCUGGGAAAAGGGAAGAUGAGGAAGAAGUGUCUUAUGGAGAAACUCAGAAGAGACAACAUCCAGGGAAAAGGGAGGAAGACGACGACCUUGACAGUGACAUGGAGCUGCAGAAGAGGCAGCAUCCUGGCAGGAGGUCACUGUGGGACCAGUAUGUUGAUAUUCCUCACACCCAACUGGCCUAUCUGAAUGAACUAUCCAAAAGGCAACACCCGGGCAAGAGGUCUCUGAUUUACAACAAGCGUCAGCACCCUGGCAAGAGGAGCUGGGAUGACGGGCUGGAUCUGGGCAACCAAGACCUGGAGAAACGCCAGCACCCUGGAAGAAGAUACAUGGAUUCUGAAAGCCCAGAUUAUGAUGCCCCCUGUGACCGCCUGGAUUCCUUCAACUGUAGCAGCUUCUUGCUCGAGUUACUAGAUAAUGUCAACAAGGGCAGAGUAGAAGAGAAGCGGCAGCAUCCUGGGAGGAGGUUUGCUUGGGAAGGUGAGACGGGGGCAGAGGAGUGAGAAAGGGCGAUUGCAUUGGCCAUCAUUUACAUUUGAUUCAGAGUGAUCUACCAGACUACUUAAAGUUCUGUUCAUCCCCCCCGCCCCCAGACUCUCUGCUGCUGACCUGCCAUACGAGUAACUCCUUAGAAAUAAAGCUAAAGUCCUCGAGGAUUAAAGCCCUGAUUCAGCCAGGUACUUAGGCAUGUACAUGGUCCCACUGAAGUCAAUGGCACUACUCACACAUUUAAAGUUAAGGAUGUGCUUAAAUACCUUGCUGACUCAGGGGCAACAGGCCUAAUCCUGCCAAGUGCUGAGUGCCUUCAACUCCCACCAUCAUGGAAAUUGAGGGUGCUCAGUAUCUUACAGGAUCAGGCUCUAAGAUGACCCCUUUAUGUGCACCCACCAAUUGUAUCCCCUGAGGACUAGAAUGGCCCCAUUAUAUGCGUUCAAGAUACUAAAUGAUGAAGCAGAAUAAUUACAUGGCUCUUAUGUAAGUGAAAACAAGUUAAUUUACAGAGAGGGAGAGAAAAAACAUAUGAAGUGAUUUCAAAAUGAAAUUUAACAGGGUGUUACUUUUAAAUGAUACAUUAGUGAAACAUGUACGCUUAUGCACUUCAGCCUAUUCUGAUAAUAAACAUUAAUUCCUGGGCAGAGAGAGACACUAUGCGCGAAUGUAACAGAUUGGCUGUUUAGCUUUACACCUUGCGUUCAACCAAUUGACUCAAAACUAAACAAUAUUCCAUUUAGGAAACUACAGAACAAGGACAUUUAAUGUGUCAUAACAAUUCAACAAGUUGAGAAGAUCCCUGUGUGUGACUACAUAGUAGGGUCCCCUAAUCAAUACAGCUACAUUUCAGUCAUUUGAUUUGAAACCAAUGUGUUCUCUUUAUUAGAUAGCAACAUUUUGAAUUGCAACAAGCAGGCAUUUUCCCCAUAGGAGAAUUUUUGUUGUUCUUCUAAUUAAGUUUUUCCCCCUUCCCCUAAAAAAUGUUUUCAGUGGUCUACAGAUUCUGCAAGGUGUUUAUUUGGCAUGAACAAUUCAAUAAAUAUCAAUAGUCAAUCCCAUCGUAACUUCGGAUGUCCUUUAUGGUUGUGCAAAUGCAAUUCAGUAACGUGAAAAAUAUCAAGUCCUCUUGAGUUUAAUAUGAAAAGUUAUUUUUAUAGGAAACAUCAUCUUGCGUCCUGGUGGUUACUACAUGUUUGUAUAUAGAACUAUUUUGCUAUUGAAGUGGAAGGCUGAUUUGUACAAAAGAUAGUCGAGUCCCUUUUGAAACCUUCUACUUGUGUAUUAUAAUAAAGUUAUGCAUCUGGAAUAAACCCACAAGCAUCGUUGUUACACAGCUGCACAAUGAACUUUGGUUAUUUAAGUCUGAGCCUUGUACACAAAAGGAUGCUCUAGUCUGAGUCAGACUGGUCCUACAUAACGUACAAAAGAAAUAAAAUUUCUUCUGUACAUGUACAAGUUGAACCUUGAAACUUGGGUCAACCUGUGCAGCAUAGGUAGGUGUCUAUAUGUAGAUACCCAUUCAUGCCAGUGACAAGAGACGGAGUAAUUCACCAGUUCUUUAAUGCUUGGACAACACUUAAUGCUCUGUGCUUAGUAACCAGUUACACAGGUGUAAGUGAGAUUGGAAUCUGACCUGGUUACUGCAACUGCAUGAACAGAUUGUGUAUUUGUACACACAUGCACACAAUUCUCACAUUAGAUAUCUAAGCAGUCAUUUGCACAUGUAACUACAAAUAGUUGUAUGUGUGUUUGUGGUGACCUGCAAAUUGGCCUGCAGUGCACACCAUCCUAGGUUUCUAUUAUUAAAAAAAAAGUCACACUGUGUGAAGUAGGGUGAGUUGCACAGUGUCUAUCAGCAGCAGAGCCAAGAACAGGAACUAGGAGUGCUGACUCCUUAUUUCCUGGUUUUACCUCUAGAUACACUGAUUUUGUUGAUCAAUCGACAUUUAUCAAGUGAUGUUGAUGUCACAUCUUCUAUGUUAAAAGUAGUAGCACGAUUGUCAAUAUAGCCCAUGGUUUAAAAAAAAAAAUCUGGUUUUUCAAAGCAGCUUUAUCCUACUGGAUUAAUCUGAUCAAAACAUUUUAAUA